GAAGCUGGUUCGCGGAAUGUCCAUGACGACCGCGGGUGAAGUAGAUGGUUCCUCCACCUCCUCCGUUCGCAAGCGUCGUGCUCCUGGCAAGAAACACAACCACCACGACCUCCUGCUCCCCACCCUCCUGCACCUGCGUCGGUGCGAUUCGCUGUUCAAGGGGAAUCCUAUGCAAGAAAACCGGGUGGUGUUGCAGCAAAAGCAAGCGGCGACGGUCAAGCUGGUAGUUGAGAAACAGUUGAGAACUACGUCUAGGAGGGCAAGAAUACGUCGAGGAGGACCACGAGCGAGUAGUAGUAGUCAUCUUCCUUUCAUCCUCGUUUUUUCUUGUGAGGAAAUGGAUUCUGUGGGAAACGUGUUUCUGGAGGAAGUCGUUCAGAAGGUGCUGACCUUCAAAUUGCCCGACGAGGAAUCGAGGACAGUGGCGUUGGAGCGGUUCCUGGGUCGUGCGAGGGGAGCGAGCAGUGGCAGCAGUGCUCCUUCUGCCAGUAGUACGGCUCUUCAAAAGCCGCUUGUUGCAGGAGAUGGACAACUCCUGUCGCAAGGACGAGCAGGAGAGGAGCCAUCACAGUCUUUACUAUCGCAGUUGCCCUCGUCAACAAGAACUGCAGACCAGACUUUUCAAUUCGAUUCGAAACCCUUCCAACCCACCGAGUUCCUGCACAAAUACUUAGCCUCCAAAACCACCGGAUUCUCUUUCACCGAGCUGGAACUCCUUGCUUUGCGCUGCAAGGAAAAAUGCGAAAAACAAGAUCAUGCGGAUGAAAUGCGGGCAGGAACCAAUUCUCCCGGCGAGGUUGGUGCAACAGGAGGAAAUAAAAUGGAAAGUGUAAAAAACAAGCAGAAAGAACCUCUGCCGGGCCGAAAUUAUUCUACCAGCGUAAAAACAUUAUCAGCCAGCGCAGCGGCAGCUUCCUUUCUUCUUCUCCCCGAAGACGUGGCGGAUUCUCUGAUUCAGGAAAUUAAGCAAGACUGCAUGUCCGCGAAAAAGGAUCUGACGAAGCAGGUCAAACUGAGCAAAAAAGACAUUUUAUCAAAACGAAAAAUCCCCCCUCCCCAUAUCGAAGCGGUAUGAUUCCGAAAAUUUGUGUUGCUGAUUUGAGACCACAAAUCGCGCCUGUCUUGCAAGAAGACAAGCGCAGAGGCUGCCGCGCCAUUAUGGAAGCGAUUUGGCAUGCUGUUGGGCCUAGGGGGCGCCCGUUUGUAAUGCUAAGCAACGAACUAGACCCAAACGCCCCUGCCUAUGCUGAGGAUCUGGCUGCGAUGCCUUACUGCAAGACAGCGCGCAUUUGCGUACGGAAAUCCCGCAUCACAGAUUUCCGUUUUGAUAUGGGGAGGGGGGAUGUUUCAUUUUGAUAGAUUUCCUGGGACGACAUUGGCGGCAUGGAGACCGCGAAAAAAGAAAUUUUGGAUCUGAUCGAACUACCACUGUCUACGGAUCCGAAAACGAAAAAACUUUUUUCUAGUGGAAUAAACAAGCAACAACAACAGCAAACGAAACUCCGGUCCGGCGUCCUGCUUUUCGGCCCGCCGGGGACGGGAAAAACCUUGCUCGCCCGAACGGUGGCCGCGGAGUGCGAAGUUUCGUUUCUCUCUGUCAAGGGGCCGGAGCUGCUCUCCAUGUACAUCGGCGAAUCGGAAGCGAACGUGCGCAAAGUGUUUCAGUCGGCCAAGGACUGUCUGCCCUCCGUGCUGUUCUUCGACGAGCUAGAUAGUUUGGCCCCGGCGCGGGGCAAAGGGUCCGAUUCCGGCGGCGUCAUGGACCGGAUUGUGUCGCAAUUGUUGACCGAAUUGGACCAAGUGCCGAGCAAAGUCUUCGUCCUGGGCGCGACCAAUCGGCCGGACUUGCUGGAUUCGUCGCUCUUGCGGCCCGGAAGACUGGACCGGACGAUCUACCUCGGGAUCAGCCAGGACAAGCUGCCGAUUUUGAAGGCCGCCACGAGGAAGCUGGCAAUCGGGAGAGAGGUGGACUUGGCAAAGAUCGCCGCGCAACUGCCGGCGGCCUUUACGGGCGCGGACACGGCAAACCUGGCCCAGGAGGCGUACCAGCGGGCUUUGCAAGAACGAACGGACUUUAUCAAGUUCGAGCUGUGCGAGGGCCAGGACGUAAAGGUGACGACGUUUUUGCUCGAAGUCGAAAAGAUUGCAGAGGAAAUUAACGAAAGCGCAACAGCGCAAAAUGAAAUCAGCUCCUCGGCAGACACACAAUCAGGUUUUUCGAAAAUCGCGGACGGAGUUUGGGAGAAAAUGGCCACCGAGUUAGGUGUCGCUGUAGAAACUACAUCAGGCGUAGAAGAGGACGACACUGGAGCAGGUGGUGAAGUCGUGCCCAGGAGCAGCAGCAGGCGUCAGAUGUUUCUAGCGAAGUCACUGCUAGAAAUCCCAGUGAAGGAGAAACAUUUCUUACAAGCACUGGAAGUGUGCCACCCAUCUGUGACAAAAAAGGAACUUGAGAAAUACGAACUGUUGGCAAAAGAGUACAGAAAUGCAUAAAUAGCAUACUAAUACAGACGAACGAGGCACGUAAAAACAGAGAAUCUUCAGUCUCAGUGGUGACAGCACAAUGCGAU